GGAGCGCGUCUUGCAUUUCACCACACUUGACGCCAAGCACCAGCAUUAUUCAUAGGUUGCAAUUGAAGAAAACCUGAGGCAUUAACGUUUGUUUCUUCUUCAUUUGAAGAGAGAAAGAAGGAAAAGAAUACAUCAAGCUACAAAUCAUAUCCAUCAGCAUAGCAUACUGAAACCGCCCAUCUAAUCAUGGACGAGGACCAAGAUGAACUCGCUGGCCAGUACAAUGAUGGCAACCGCGCCUUCCUCCAGGCUCUCCUAGCGAGGGGAACCAUGACAUUCGCAGAGUCAAAACCCAUAUUAGCAGCCAUAUUCACAGCCCAGGAAAACGAGCCUGUGGAGCCCAGUCAGAUCACCCAGGAAGACUUGGACUCCUACAUCUCGGCUGCCUCGGACGCCAUCUCUCCCUUCGAUCUCGAGAUCCGGAGCAUCAUGCACCAAAUCCGCAAGGAGCGCGUCUACGCCGUCGUAAACACGAUGUCAGACGCUCUGACGCAACUGGCUACCUUGCACUCGCCUGACGAGAUUGCUUUCGUCAAGCGCGUUAUUGACGCCAUGUUUGAAAAAUACAACACGCCGCGCAUGGAGGCGCUGUGUCUGGACGAGAUGCAGGCCAACAAGUUGCGGGUGCCGCCGCGGCCGGACAACGACGACGAGGCCAUGGAGAAUGGCGAGAUGCAGAGUCAGGCACCCAAGGGUCUCAAGUCGAGUGAGGUUGAGACGGUCAUGCGAAGCAUGGUUAACGAAGGCUGGUUCGAGCGCAGUCGCGAGGGAUUCUAUUAUCUUAGUUCGCGGGCACUGCUCGAGCUUAGGUCGUGGCUUCUAGAGUCAUACAAUGACCCGGAUGCCGAGGAAGGGGAGUGGCAACGCGUCAAGUUCUGUGAGGCAUGUAAGGAUGUCGUCACAAUUGGCCAGCGGUGCGUGGAGCGGGAUUGUCUCAUCCGAUUACAUGAUUACUGCGCCGACGCAUUCUUCCGGACGAGGCGGUCACGGGCAUGUCCCAAGUGCAGCAAGGAAUGGUCGGGAAGACACUUUGUCGGGGAGAGGGCGGUCACGGAAACAGAAGCGUAUCAACGCGGUAGGAGACGGAGCGGGAAGAGUGCAAGACAUAGUAAUGGGACGGAAAGCAUCAUGCAGGAUGGUGAUGAGGAGGGCGAGGGUGAGAUUGAUGAGGAAUGAAAUGAAAUGAAAUGUUCAUGAUAUCAACAUGGGGAAUAUGAAACGAAAGUGGCCAAGUUCACGAUACUAAUGAAUCAGACGGAUGUAGCCUGAGAUGGUUCAGACUACUCCUAUUAAGUUUUCUGCAUGUCAUAGAAGAUUCUAAUCUCUAGCGAAGGAUGCAUGGAAAUGCGUGUUGCGAGUUCCACAGAUGUACCAUACACAAGCAUCCUAUUUGUGUUACUGUGCGUUGUUGAUACCCCAAAAUUUCAAAUAAUCUUUCUCAAAGGCAUGUGGCAUUUGUCUACAAUUGCCAGAGUUCUUCAUACUUUGCCCCUUUUGAUGCCAUAUUGAGGUUGAAGAUGCUUUCGCCACAAUGUACUUGCUAAGUAAGCUAAGUGUGGCGGUGCAAUCACUGACGUAGCGGCCGCCAAGAAUGUCGAGG